AUGCAGAAUGGCCAGGUGCUGGCGCAGCAGCUCGACCUCGGCAGCAUCAACCUGGGCAACGUCGCCCUCGGGCGCAAGCUCCUCGACGAGCUGAUGGCCAAGGGCGCUCCGGUUCCCCGCGAGUUUGUCAUGGUGCAGGAGAUGCUCGAAGCCUGCGAGCGCAACUCUCUUCAAGUGGCCGCCAACAUUGCUGACGCCCGGCGCGAGAAGUCUCAAGCGCGGCUCAAGGGCAACGAAGCGCUUCUCAAGGAGCAGAACGACUUGUUUGAGAAGAUUGCUGCCGCGUACAACUGCCUCGCAGCCACAGAUGAGUGGACAAAGAAGUAACAUCAACGAGACAGCGCGUGCAUUAGUAUUAGAUGGGGAUGCACUUGGAUUCCCAGAUACGGUUGCCAACGUACUGCAAGCGCAGCGACACAUAGCGCAG